AUGUUCAAGGACAACCAGCUCGUCAAGGCCUGGGAGUCCACCAUCCGCAAGACUGCUGCUACUCUUCACCAGGAGAAGCAACAGAAUACGCAGCACCAUCGCCGUCGCAGCGUCGCUUCGGCGUCCAUGUCGAUUCUCCCCGGCGACGACCAGCUCGAUGUCUCUUCCGGUGACAAUAACGCCCCGAGUACGCCCGUGGGGAACGACGAGACGGGCUCUGUCUACCACGCCGAGCGCGUUCUCUCCACCGGCGACUUCUACACCGGGCAGUGGUGCGGAAGCGUGCCGCACGGGCAGGGCAAGUACCUCUGGACCGACGGGUGCAUGUACGAAGGCGAGUGGCACAACGGGAAGACGAUGGGCAAGGGCAAGUUCUCGUGGCCCUCCGGCGCCACCUACGAAGGCGAGUUCAAGGCCGGGUUCAUGGACGGCUACGGCACCUACAUCGGCGCGCUCGGCGACACCUACCGCGGCACCUGGUCCAUUAACCUCAAGCACGGCCACGGCGUGAAGUCCUUCGCCAGCGGCGACUACUACGACGGCGAGUGGCGAAGCGGCGUGCAAGAUGGGCACGGGCGGUACGUGUGGAAGAACGGGAAUGAGUACGUGGGGCAGUGGCGGGCCGGCAUCGUGGACGGCCGCGGCACGCUCGUGUGGGGGAAUGGGAAUCGGUACGACGGCGGAUGGGAAAAUGGCCUCCCCAAAGGGAAUGGCAACUUCAGGUGGGCCGACGGAGGGCUUUACGUCGGGAAUUGGAGCAAGGAGAACGGGAGCCUCCAGCAGAAAGGCGUCUACCAUCCGUCCCCGACGGCCUCCUCGCCGACCGCCCGAGAUCCCUACGUCAUCUUCAUGGCCGGCCUCGGAGAUUGCAAGGUGUCCAACAUCGAAGACGUCUCUAUUCUGCCAUCCCAAAAGACUCUGAAUUGGCCCGGCACGGAAGCCGAUAAUCAGCUGGCACAAAAGCAAGCGGCCUGGCGAUCCUCCAAGACGGGAGAAUUGCCGGCGAGGCGGCGGCGAGCUUCGAUCGAGACGGCGGCGGCCAUCGGGGCGACACCGCGAGGGCUCCCCGGACACCAUGCUAGCAACACCAUAGCAAAAGGUGCCGAUGAGUUUCCCGGCGAGAUGGAUGAAUAUCAAGUGGAAUCGAGGGGCAUAGGGAGGAUCCUCCCGACGAGGUUGCCGGCUAAGGAUCAGGCAAAGAAGCAAGGUGACGCAAUAUCGAAAGGCCAUCAGAAGUAUGAACUGAUGCUCAAUCUCCAACUCGGAAUCAGGCAUGCAGUGGGGAAACUCCCUGAACCCAAGUCACUUGACCUCAAGACACCUUCAUUUGACCCUAAAGAAAAGAUAUGGACAAGGUUUCCACCAGAGGGAACCAAACAUACACCCCCACACCCUUGUUCUGAUUUCAAGUGGAAGGACUACUGUCCUCUAGUUUUCAGGACACUUCGCAAGCUAUUCAUGGUUGAUCCAGCUGAUUAUAUGCUUUCAAUAUGUGGAAACGAUGCUCUGCGAGAGCUUUCAUCUCCUGGGAAAAGUGGAAGCUUUUUUUACCUUACGAAUGAUGAUAAAUACAUGAUCAAGACAAUGAAGAAAUCUGAAGUAAAAGUUCUUCUAAGGAUGCUUCCGGCAUACUAUAACCAUGUUCGAGCUUUCGAGAACACUUUGGUGACCAAGUUCUUCGGCUUGCAUUGUGUCAAACUUACGGGGGCUACUCAGAGAAAGGUUCGAUUUGUCAUAAUGGGGAACCUCUUCUGCUCCGGGAAUUCUAUCCAUAGGCGUUUCGACCUCAAGGGAUCUUCUCACGGUCGUACGACAGAUAAACCUGAGGCAGAAAUUGAUGAGAACACUACUCUCAAAGACCUUGACCUGAAUUUUAUAUUUCGACUGCAAAAAUCUUGGUUCCAGGAAUUUCACAAGCAAGUUGAUCGAGACUGCGAAUUGUUGGAGCAAGAGAGAAUUAUGGAUUACAGUCUCUUAGUGGGAGUUCAUUUUAGUGAAACAUCCGUCUCCCAAGAAAAUGAGGCUACUCCUCGCCUUUCUAGAGCUGAUAUGGAUCAACUUCCUUGUGAUGCAACACAGUGGGAAUCUACAAAACUAGGUGCAAAUAUGCCGGCUAAGGUCGAAUCGAUAGUCCGAAAAAAUGAUCCUGAAUCAUUUCUGAAUUUUGAACCAACAGGGGAGUUUCAUGAUGUGGUUUUAUACUUUGGCAUUAUAGAUAUUCUCCAAGAUUAUGAUAUCAGCAAGAAGCUUGAACAUGCUUACAAAUCUUUUCAGUAUGAUCCAACCUCUAUAUCAGCUGUUGAUCCUAGACAAUACUCAAAGCGAUUUCGCGACUUCAUUUAUAAAGUCUUCGUAGAAGAAGACUAA